CUUGGCAAUCAAAGACAUACCAGAAGUUACUCAUGAAGCAAAAAAAGCUUUGGCAGGACAGCUGCCUGCUGUUGGGCGCUCAAUGUGUGUGGAAAUCUCCCUUAAAACCUCUGAGGGAGAUUCCAUGGAGCUGGAAAUCUGGUGUUUAGAAAUGAAUGAAAAAUGUGAUAAAGAAACCAAAGUUUCCUACACUGUGUAUAAUAGGCUGUCUCUACUGCUGAAAUCUUUGCUUGCUAUAACAAGGGUGACACCAGCCUACAGACUCUCAAGGAAACAAGGUCAUGAAUAUGUCAUAUUGUACAGGGUAUACUUUGGAGAAGUGCAACUGAAUGGCUUGGGAGAAGGAUUUCAGACAGUCCGAGUUGGGACAGUUGGUACUCCACUAGGCACAAUCACUUUGUCAUGUGCCUACAGAAUCAACCUAGCAUUCAUGUCUACGCAGUUUGAGAGGACCCCACCUAUCAUGGGGAUUAUCAUUGAUCACUUUGUGGACCGUCCCUACCCCAGCUCCUCACCCAUGCAUCCCUGCAAUUACAGAACAGGUGAAGAAAAUGCAGUGGCAUAUCCAUCAGUAGAAGAUUCUCAAGAAGUAUGCACAACCUCUUUCUCUACUUCUCCCCCAUCCCAGUGUGUAUUUACUGUCACUAAAGCACAUUUUCAUACCCCUCCUCCUGUGGUGAUGGAUACCUUGAAGGGCCCUAUGAUGGGGCUGGCCUUUUCACACCAA